GGGGUGGUGGCUGCGGCCUGGGGAGGGCCGGCGUCUAUUCCACGUUUGCAAACGCGGCUGUUCCUAGGCCCGACCGGUGCGCUGCCCGAGCUCCACGCGCCCUCGCCGGCUCCUCUCUUCGUCGCCCUCGAUGGCGUUCAGGGCCAGAGGCUGGCGGCCCCCGCCGCCGCCGCUGCUCCUGCUGCUGCUCUGGGUGACCGGGCAGGCGGCGCCCGUGGCCGGCCUGGGCCUGGGCUCCGACAGCGAGCUGCAGAUGGAGCGGCGCUUCGUGCCUGACGAGUGCCCGCGCACCGUGCGCAGCGGCGACUUCGUGCGCUACCACUACGUGGGGACAUUCCCCGACGGCCAGAAGUUCGACUCCAGCUACGACAGAGACUCCACUUUCAACGUGUUCGUGGGGAAAGGACAGCUGAUUGCAGGGAUGGACCAGGCUCUGGUCGGCAUGUGCGUGAACGAGCGGCGUUUUGUGAAGAUCCCCCCAAAGCUCGCUUACGGGAGCGAAGGCGUCUCUGGUGUGAUCCCCCCCAACUCAGUCCUUCACUUUGACGUGCUUCUGAUGGACAUCUGGAACUCUGAAGACCAGAUUCAGGUUCACACUUACUUCAAGCCCCCGAGUUGCCCUCGGGCCAUCCAGGUGUCUGAUUUCGUUAGGUACCACUACAACGGGACGUUCUUGGAUGGGACGCUGUUUGAUUCGAGUCACAAUCGCAUGAAGACAUAUGACACCUAUGUGGGAAUUGGCUGGCUGAUUCCAGGAAUGGAUAAAGGGCUGCUGGGGAUGUGUGUGGGGGAGAAACGCAUCAUCACCAUCCCUCCUUUCCUGGCCUACGGAGAAGACGGAGACGGGAAGGACAUUCCUGGGCAGGCUUCCCUGGUAUUUGAUGUUGCAUUGCUGGACCUUCACAACCCCAAGGAUGGCAUUUCUGUUGAGAAUAAGCUGGUCCCUGAAAACUGUGAGCGACGAAGCCAGAGCGGGGACUUUCUCAGGUAUCAUUACAAUGGCACGCUUCUGGACGGCACCUUCUUUGACUCCAGCUACUCGCGGAACCGCACCUUUGACACGUACAUUGGGCAGGGCUACGUGAUCGCCGGGAUGGACGAAGGCUUGCUGGGUGUUUGCAUCGGAGAGAAGCGGAGGAUCGUGGUCCCCCCUCACCUGGGGUACGGGGAGGAGGGGAGAGGGAAUAUCCCCGGCUCGGCCGUGCUGGUGUUUGACAUCCACGUGAUCGACUUCCACAACCCUUCAGACUCCAUCAGCAUCACGUCCCACUACAAGCCCCCCGACUGCUCGGUGCUGAGUAAGAAGGGGGAUUACCUCAAGUAUCACUACAACGCCUCGCUUCUGGACGGGACCCUGCUGGAUUCCACGUGGAAUUUAGGCAAAACGUAUAAUAUUGUUCUGGGCUCUGGCCAGGUCGUGCUGGGAAUGGAUAUGGGUCUCCGAGAGAUGUGCGUUGGCGAGAAGCGGACAGUGAUCAUUCCGCCCCACCUGGGCUAUGGGGAGGCUGGCGUGGAUGGAGAAGUGCCCGGCAGUGCCGUGUUGGUGUUUGACAUCGAGCUGCUGGAGCUGGUGGCCGGCCUGCCCGAGGGGUACAUGUUCAUAUGGAAUGACGAGGUGUCACCCAACCUCUUUGAAGAAAUCGACAAGGAUGGCGAUGGAGAAGUCCUCCUGGAAGAGUUCUCAGAGUACAUUCAUGCCCAGGUGGCCUCUGGCAAAGGGAAGCUCGCUCCCGGUUUCGACGCUGAGAUGAUUGUGAAGAACAUGUUCACCAACCAGGACCGCAACGGGGACGGCAAGGUCACGGCCGAGGAAUUCAAACUCAAAGACCAGGAGGCCAAACACGACGAACUCUGAACCCGACACAAGCCACCUGUGUGACGCCAAGCCCGUCGUGGCAGAUGGCGCCGUCAGGGCACGAGGGCCUCCCAGAAGGUGAACUGUCAGCAAGCGGAAGUGGGUCACACAUCCAGGCUGGGUCGAUACACAUGGUGAGAAUUUUAGGCUGAAUGCCAGUGAUAUUAGACAAAAUCGGCGCGAGGUGCCUUAGCAUGGGCUGUGUAGGAUAUUGGAAAGGCCACACUGUCAACCAUUGCUCUGUGGCCUUCUGGGUAGUUUUGUUAUUAAAGGAAAAUAGUGUCAUACAGAAGUUAUAACUAUCCUGGAGGGAGAAGAAGAAGAAUCAAGGAUUAAGACUUCUUUUUUUUUUUACCUGGCUGAUGUUUCAUAAGCCUUGUGCAGAUAAACCAAAGGGCCUACCCCAGCAGGGUUCCCAGAAAGCCCCAGAAAACUCAGUGGCCUGUACAGUCCCUUCUGGUGAGGCCCAGCCUCCACCUUCCCCUACACACACACACACACACACACACACACA